AUGUCUCGAGAGGAUGAAGCCGCGUUUCAUUUACUGUCUAUGAAGCUCAAGCGAGACGUUAAUUGCUUGAUGGAUUCAGAUCGUAGUGUUCGACGACGAGCGGUGGAUAAAUUGCACCGUGUGCUGCAGAGUGAGGCGUCGCAUGUGUCUGAUACAGUGCUGCGUGCAUUGUGUGUCUCUACUCUCUUUCAUCCACUGCUGAUAUGCGCCGAGCAUGACGUUGUAGAGAAAUGUCGCGAGCGAGCUCUUACAUUGUUGCUGUUUCUGUGCGAACGUGGAGCAUUGGAAUCGUCGGAUACGACGCUGAAGGACGUCGUUGCGCUGGCCAAUGCUCGACUGGGUAAACUGCCGUACCCGGAGCCUGCGGAAGAGACGCGACUGCUUAUUUUGCAGUUAAUGCAUGCUUUUUUGAAGCAGCUUGCAGCAGAGAAAGACACUUUGGUGUCAUUGCAGGAUAUCAUUACAGACCUUGCCAAUGCAUUGGCCAAAACAGCGAUGGAUCCGUUCCCGGAUGCCAAGAAGAUGUCAGCAGAGUGCGUUAUUCUGAUUUCGAGAAAUUGGAAAAAGGAUGUAGGAAUGCAGAUCGGUACUAUUGUGCGACCUGUGGUGUUUAAUUUGGGUCACCAGCACAGUCGUGUGCGUGUGUGUGCGUUACAGGCGCUGGAAGCGGCGGUACCUUGUGGUUCGGAGGCUCUUCCGGUCCUUAUGAAACAGGUGCUGUUGCCGACGAUGAGCAAAGUUGUGCUUGAUCAUGCAGCAUCUGUAAAGAAGCAACUAGCGAUAACGCUGGCGGCAUGGUUUGCUCAAAUUGAGCAAAUUCAACAGUUCGAAGCGUCUAUUCUACCGAUGUUCCUGGCAGGUAUCGUCGACGAAUCGCCCGAAGUACGAACGCUAUGUCUUGCUAAGCUGAAUGAUAUUUCAAUUAUGUGGGAGCACCGCGACGAAAAUCAAGGCGUCAAGUCGGGUGACGUGGAGCUAAUGGAGGUGGAUUUGGACUUUGUCAAUCGCAUACCUCCGCUGUUCUUUGGUUCUCGACCACCUCUUGGUGCCCGCAAACUUGCAGCGAGUAUUCAAGCUGAGUUGUUGCCACCGUUGCUUGAGAAAACGGGAGAUUGGAAUGUGCAAGUGCGCGAACGCUACACAAAAGUACUUAGUGCAUUCCUGAUCUUGCUGGAGCAAAGUAUGAACCCAUAUCUCGACAAGAUAUUUGCAGCGUUAUGUAACAGCUGCCGUGACGACGAAGAAGUUGUUUUGAACACAGGCAGGAUAGCAGGACAGGACACUGCGCAAUACCGUACGAAUGGAUUGAUGCUGUUGGGCAUGAGCAUUGAAGGUAUGACGCCAGAGACGGUGGGAGCUCACUUGACGUUGAUUACUGAAGCACUUUGUGAUCCUGGUCUACGGGAAUCUGAGGUUUUGGAUGUGCAAAAUCAGUUGGCAGGCGUCGUAGCAAGUAUUGUCAAGACUGCUGGUCCGAUACUCGCGCAAACAGACGAUAGUUGUUUUCGACUCUUUUGGGUACUGAGCCACCUCUUGGCCUCGUCGUCUGAAUCGUCAGUCGCCUACAUGACGGCAAACGAAUGCAUGGAAGAGUUAGCGAUGCAUCUGAAUCAGUCUGUCGAGGAGCUGUACGUUCGCUACGUGGGCAAACUCCUAGAUACGAUGGCGCUGCCGACAGAUACAGGUGCUAGCUGGCAAAAGAGUAACCUUACUCGAGUACUAUUUGACUCACUUUGCCGUCGUGGUGGAGCGGCUUGCGGUACGAAUCUGGAUAAAAUUGUGCCCGUCAUUCUGGUCCAUUUAGACCCAUCUCAGGACGCGGAUGUUCGACUCGUUUUUCUUGCAUUGCUAGAGACAAUGCUACGAAUGGAUACGAUCUCUCAGGCUCUGAAAGCGUUUAGUGUGGCGUUGCUUCGAAAGGCAAUAAUUCCCAACAUUGUUUGGCGUGAAGGUCAUAUAGCUGCAAGCAUUAGAAAAGUGGCUGUUAACUGUGCGUAUACCUGCUUUUGUCAAGGCAUUGCCGACGAGUCGUGCCUGUUUGAGACUGUAGCCCAGAUGUUGCCCAUUCUCAAAUCUUCAUUGGACGAUAGCGACGCCAAAACUCGUCAUCUGGCUUGCCUUGCGUUGCAGCAUUUGUUUGUGGCAUUGCCUGGCUGUUUGGGAGAGGAAUCUGUUGAUCAACUGUAUCCGGAGAUCUUGAAGCGUCUUGAUGACAGCAACAAUACUGUGCGCAAAGCUGCUUGCCAGACGUUUUUGAUAUUUCUGAAAGCAGCACCGAAGGAGCAUUUUCAAGGAACCAUUAUCGACUACGCUAUGGACUGUCUUUUUGUCCACCUGGACGAUCCAGAGCCCGAUAUUCAGGAAGCUGUGUAUAACGUACUGAGGGAAACAGCUGCCAUCGAUGCGCAUCGACUGGCGAGUAAAGCAGGAGAAAAUCGGAGUCGUCAUCAAAGUCCUCGCUAUUGCGACCAGCUUCUCGCCUUAGCUACUGCACAGCCAGAUUAG